AUGGUUCAGAUUAAUGAAGUAAAAGAUACUCAAACUAGAGAAAGUAGAACCGCUGCUCAUACCCAUAUUAAAGGACUUGGAUUAGAUGAGCAUGGGAUAGCUAAGAGAGUUGAAGGUGGAUUCGUUGGUCAAUCAGAUGCAAGAGAAGCGUGUGGAAUUAUUGUGGACUUGAUUAAAUCCAAGAGAAUGUCUGGUAAGGCUAUUUUAUUGGCAGGUGCUCCAGGGACUGGUAAAACUGCCUUAGCACUUGCGAUUUCCCAAGAAUUAGGGCCAAAGGUGCCCUUCUGUCCAAUUGUCGGAUCUGAAUUAUUUUCGGCUGAAAUCAAGAAGACAGCAGCAUUGAUGGAAAAUUUCAGAAGAGCCAUUGGAUUAAGAAUCAAGGAAACUAAGGAAGUUUACGAAGGUGAAGUGAUUGAAUUAACUCCUGAAGAAGCAGAAAAUCCAUUGGGUGGUUAUGGUAAAACAAUCAGUCAUGUUAUAGUUGGUUUGAAGACCGCUAAAGGUACUAAGAGUUUGAGAUUGGAUCCAAGUAUUUAUGAAAGUAUUCAAAAGGAAAGAGUUUCAGUAGGUGACGUUAUCUAUAUUGAGGCAAACACUGGUUCUGUCAAAAGAGUUGGGAGAUCAGAUGCUUAUGCUACUGAAUUCGACUUGGAGGCUGAAGAAUAUGUUCCAUUACCAAAGGGAGAAGUUCAUAAAAAGAAAGAAAUUGUUCAAGAUGUAACAUUACACGAUUUAGAUGUCGCCAAUGCAAGACCUCAAGGUGGUCAAGAUGUCUUAUCAAUGAUGGGACAAUUGUUAAAACCAAGAAAAACAGAAAUAACAGAUAAGUUAAGAUCCGAAGUAAAUAAAGUUGUUUCUAAAUAUAUUGAUCAAGGUGUUGCCGAAUUGAUUCCAGGUGUUUUAUUCAUUGAUGAAGUAAAUAUGUUAGAUAUUGAAUGCUUUACUUAUUUGAACAGAGCAUUGGAAAGUUCUAUCGCCCCAAUAGUUGUCUUGGCAUCAAAUCGUGGUAUGACUACUAUUAGAGGUACAGAUGAUGACAAAAAAUCGCCUCAUGGGUGUCCAGCAGAUUUAAUUGAUCGUUUGUUAAUAGUCAGAACCUUACCAUACAACCAAGAAGAAAUCAAAAUUAUUAUCAGCAAGAGAGCAACUUUAGAAAACUUAAUUGUUACUCCUGAUGCAUUAGACAAAUUGUCUUUGCAUGGUAUUAAUAAUUCGUUACGUUAUGCAUUACAGUUAUUAGCACCAGCGGGUGUAUUAUCUAAAACUGCUGGUCGUAAUGAGAUUACUAGUGAAGAUAUCGAAGAAUGUGAGAUUUUAUUCUUGGAUUCUCGUCGUUCAAUAAAAAUAUUGGAAGAAACUAAAGGUUACCUUUAA